UAACAAUGGAGAGGAAGAGGAGGCAGAGCCAGCAAGACAGAGAAGUCUGGGGAGCUGAGAGACCAGGAGCACACAUGAAGACUGGUAGUACGGGGAUAUAUAGAAGUCCUGUGGGGUAACUGGCGGAGACGUCUAGAAGACAGCAGCUGCAAAAUGGAGCAACAGACCAAAAAGGGAAAAAAGGCCAUCGUGUCACCCAUCAAACGAUUAGUGUCACUUAAAUCUGCCCGUCGUUCAGCAGUCAGGAACAGCAGCUACCGGCGACCGCUUCACUCAGUGCCUGUGAUGCCCCCCGAUUUUCUGCUUGAUCCCCAAAUUCUUCUGCAUGAUUAUGUAGAGAAGGAAGUAAAGUUCCUGGGUCACCUGACAUGGGUUGUAGCCUCCCUGAAUCCAUCAAGUCGAGAUGAAAUUUUGCAACUUCUGGAUACAGCAAGGCAACUUAAGGAACUUCCUCUCCAUUGCACCCCGGAGCAGGACAGUAUACUCAGUUUGUCAGCUCGGAGUCUCCUACUGACCUGGAGAGACAAUGAGGAGCUCAUUCUACGGAUCCCCACACAUGAGAUUGCUGCGGCUUCCUAUGUUAAGGAUGAUGCUCUUCAUCUACUAGUCCUCAAGACGGGUCUUGGACUUGACCCCGUUCCAGCCUCUGGUAGCUUGGAAAGAAAACCUCCAGUUGGAAAGGCCGACAGGACUCAAGGAGGAGGUGGCUCCAAACCUAUAGGGGGUGCUAUGGAAAGGCGCCACACUAUCUGUAGCUUAGACUGGAAGAUGGCACACAAAUCUCCAGAUGGACGACCCAAGGGUGGAGGUAGUUUGGAGAGGAGUGGAGCAAAGCAAGAGACUGGAAGUUGGGAGAAGAGUCGUGGGGGCAAGGUGUGCAGUAAUUGGGAGAGGAGAAUGACAUUCAGUGGCAGCUGGGAGCGACGGCAACCUUGUGGGGUCAGUUGGGAGAGAAAACAACCCUGUGGUGGAAGCUGGGAAAGACGUCAACCCAGCGGUGGCAGCUGGGAGAGAAGACAACCUUGUGGGGGAAGCUGGGAGAGACGACAAACUUGCGGGGGCAGCUGGGAGAGAAGACCAGGAGGACAGAAUCCUUUAGAUCCCAAGGAGCCAAGUCCAGAUGCCUACUGCAACUUAAUAAUCCUGGCUGUAGAGAACAGAGAUGCUGCAGAAGAAUCCUGUGCGCUCAUCUGCCAAGUUUUCCAGAUUAUCUAUGGAGAUCAGAGCAUUGAAUGUGUGGACCGAGCCGGCUAUCAUUAUACUUCCCCUCCAGAGAGGCCAUGGCUGUCACGUUGUGACAGCUCACAUACAGAAGGGACUUUUUCAUACGAUGCCGACUUCAGCUGCUGCAGCUCCUUCAAUGGGUCCCAUGAUACAUUUGAAGUGCAUUACAGUGGAGAAUCGUCUCCUUCGUUCGCAGUGUCUGAGCAGAGUCUAGCGUCUGGAGUCAGUGAUUGCGAUCAAAAUGGCGUAGCUCUGGAGCAGCUGCAGGACUACAUGAUAACUUUGAGGAACAAGCUGGCCCCCAUGGAGAUUUAUCGGUUCGCCUGCCUCUUACGUGAAUAUCGUCUUGGGAUGGAUGUGAAGGACUACUGUCGAGAGCUACUCCAACUGUACGGAGAGAAUAGAAAAUUUCUCCUACUGGGACUGAGGCCGUUCAUCCCUGACAUGGACAUUGGCUACUUUGAAGGAUUCCUAGAGAGUAUAGGAAUUCGUGAUGGAGGAAUUCUGACUGACAGUUUUGGAAGGAUCAAGCGCAGCAUGAGUAACACAUCUGCCUCGGCCGUGCGCAGUUAUGACAGCUGCUCGCCAGGGUCCAACCGCUUCAACCGCAUGAUCACAGACAUCACUCAUAACAUAGAGGCUUUAGCUAGGGAUGACGAUGAUUCUGAAGACGAUGAUUUCCUGUGACAAAUCAGCAUACUUGGGGCAGGGGUAUGCUAAAUUAUAUAGUAAAGAGCGAUUUCUGGCACUGUUCUGGAGAGGUACUGAGCUGAGGUUUUCCAUGGUCUCAUGCUUUCAGAUGUGAAAGGGUUGAGCAGGACUAGAAGGCCAUGGCUGCUGUCUUCUAGUAACCACAACCGCUGUGGUUACUAGAAGCUACGCUGCAGUACCACACCCAACCUGUGUCCAGGCCUGGCGCCGUUUAAAAAAGUUAUCCGUUAUAGCUUUCCUUAAAUGAGAAAACAGUUAUUUAGUGAUACAAGCAUUAAAUAUGCUUUAUAAUGACAUCAUAUAGGCCAACUAUAACAUGGCAGAAAGGUGUGCACAUUAGUUAUUUCCAAAAAGAAAAGAAAACUGAGCCUCUGCUGUAACCAGGAUAGCUACCUUACAUCUAUGUGGCAUCAGAGGGUCAGCUUUUUUUCUUUUUGGAAAGCGCUAAUUUGCACAUCAUUUCCCCAAAAUCCAAAAGGAGCAUUGUAUGGCCUAUAAGACGCCUUAGGCGCUCUCCAUGAGGAGAAAUAGUACUCCCCUCCAAAUUAUAACAGGGCAGGUGUUCAUUGUGGUUGUCACAUAUUUGUUAGUAACAGCCAAUGUGGGGGUGACCACAGGCCCCUGUAAAUGCAGCAAUAAUCAACAAUGGUUAUAUUACUAAAUGAGUAGCAAUGUGCCAUGCAGGGUUCUGGGAAAGUUGGGUGACAAACUUUGGUGGCACUGUAAUGGACUCCAACAACAUCUACUGCUGUGACGUGGCAGAAUAUUAUCAUUCCCAACUUGACAAGUGAUGUAUUUAGUAGAUUUUUGCAUUUAAGUUAUGUUUCUCCAAUAAAGGCAUCUGGGGUGCA